AUGAAAUUCGCAGUUUUACUGGGAGUGCUCGGCAUUUGUGCCAUGAGCUCGUUGGCAGCGGCACCUCAGCCAACCAAUGCAGAGAAAAAUACAAUUGCUGUAGUACCGACACCAGCUCCAGCUCCUACCAUGGCCCAGGACUUGGAUGAGAUAGUGCGAAUGGUAAAUUUCGAGCAAAUCAACCAACUCGUGAACCGUUAUCUGCUGAACGAUGCUGAAUUCCAAUCAUUCGUGCGCAUAAUCAAUUCCCGCGAUGCCUAUCUCAUCUACAUGCGUUUCCGUACUCAACCCGAAGUCAUAGGGUUUGUUUCCUGGGUUCAGGCCCAAAUCAAGUUAUCCAAGAAGAAAAAAUUCAAAAUCGAAAUAUUCAAAGAUGGAAUGACAAUUGUCAACGUGUCCCCAUUCUGGGUCAACACCGUCUUCGGCUGGCAAGGAUUCAUAAGCGAGUUUACACUGCUUUAUCCUGCUGAUAUGAUAAGUGGCCAUGUCAACAUGAAAGUGGCUGAAAAUGGUAUUUUCACACAAUUUUGGCAACGUUUGAACGCUUUGAAGCCAGUCUAUGAACGAGUGAUCGGUUCUCUGGAGGCACAACGUGUUACUGCUGCCCUUCAACUCAAUGGGAUUGAUGUAGCCCAGCUGGACACGCUUAUUCGCAGUCAAUUUGGAUGGCAAGUGCCUCCUGCCAACGUCACUGUUGCACCUAGUGCGGCAGCUUGGCCUAUGUACUAA